GGAACAUGGUGGCAGCAUGAAGCUGUGGAAAAGCCUCAAGGUGGGCAUCGGCAAGGAGCAGGGCCCCGGCGCCACGAGCCCCGCGCACUGGGGCCCGCCCUACGAGCUAGAUGUGUUCAAGUCGCAGAGCUCGCUGUCGACGGACUCCGGUCUGUGCACGGAGCGCGGCGUGCGGCGCGCGCGCGUCGAGCUGCUCAAGCCGCCCGGCCGCAGCAUCGGACUCAAGCUGGCAGGUCGGUCGGAGCCGGGCAUGUCGCCGGUGGUGACGGGAUUCACGGCGGACGGGGUGGCAGGGGCGAGCGACCGCCUGGCGCCCGGCGACCGCCUCGUCGCCGUCAACGGCAUCGCCACCGCCGGCCUCACCAACGACGAGCUGCUGCGCCUGCUCGACAACGUCGCCGAGCGCGCCGACAUCGACAUCGACUACUACAUGCCCAACUACGCGUCGCAGAACUCGCUGUACGUGACGACGAAGGUGGCGGACGUGGUGGUGGAGCGGGAUGAGGGGGGCUCGCUGGGGCUGACGGUACGCGGGGGGGCAGCGGCGGGGGGCAGCGCGGGUGGUGCGGGGGGGCUGGUGCUGGACAGCCGCGCGCUCGACGCGCCGCCGCUGGUGGUGACGCACGUGCGGCCCGGCGGCCCCGCCUACCGCACCUCGCGCGUCAAGCCCGGCGACCGCCUGCUGCAGGUCGACCACGUGCCGGUGACGAACAAGACCCUGGCGGAGGUACAUGCGCUGCUGUCGGGCGCGGGGGGCGGUGCGGGAGGCGGAGGGGGGCGCGUGGUGCUCACGCUGGAGUACGACGUGUCGGUGAUGGACAGCGUGCGGCUCGCCACCGGCCCGCUGCUGGUGGAGAUCGAGCGGCCGUGCGGCGAGGACCUGGGCCUGGUGCUGGUGCAGCGGCCCGACGACCUGUACGGCACCGGCGACACCUACACGCGCCAACCCGCCCCCGGCCUCUACAUCGACAGCGUGCUGCCCGCCACCAUCAGCGACAGAUGCGGCGCACUGCAUGCGGGCGACCAGGUGCUGGCGUUCGACGAGCACGCGGCGGACGGCGGGUACAGCGCGGACGAGGUGAUGCGCUACCUCGCGCGCGCCGACGCCGGCUUCACGCGCCUGCACGUCGCGCCCCGACACAUCCUGCCGCACGCCCCCUCGCUCCUCAGAGAAAACUCGAUGUCGGGCGCGUGCACGCUCAAUCCCAAGAAGCUGCGGCCGCGCAACUACCGCCAGACCUCCAUGCCCAAGCUCGGCCUCCACGAUGACUACGGUCGGUACAACGCAUCCAGCGGGGGGGUUUGUCGCACGGAGGUGGUGACACUGACGCUGGAGGUGCCGCCGGGACACAGCUCGGGGCUGGCCGUGACGCCCGACGGCCCGCACCUCACCGUCACGCACGUCACGCCACACUCGCCCGCGCACAGGUCGGGGUGCGUGCAGGUGCGAGACCGCGUGCUCGCCAUCAACGGCCACGCGGCGCUGGCGGCGGACGUGGCCAACGAGAUCCUGUCGCGGCGCAACGACGCGCGCGCCCCGCGCUACCUCACCCUCAGCAUCGAGUUCCCAGUUUGCGGCGCCGUGCAGGCCGCCAGCGGCGUCUACAGCGUGCGGCUGUCCCGUGGGGCGGGCGGGGUGGGCGGCGCGGGGGGUGGCGGGCUGGGCGUGACGCUGGCGGGGGGCGGGCGCGCGCCGCCGGUGGUUGCGGCCGUGCGGCCCGGCUCGGCGGCGCACCGCAGCGGCGCGCUGCACGCCGGUGACCAGCUUCUCGCCGUCAACCACACGCCUCUCCACGACCUGUCGCUGGACGCGGCGUUCAACAUCCUGCAGAGCUCGGGGUCGGACAUCGUGACGCUGAAGGUGCGCAAGCCGGGCGGGGGCGGGGGCGGCGGUGACGGUGGCGGGGGGGCGGGGGAGUGGGGCGCGCCGCUGCACAGCUUCAGCUGCGUGGAGACGCGUGCGCUGGUACACACGGCGUGCCGCUCGCCGGCUGCAUCCCCGCGCGGGUCGCCAGCGCCGGCCGCGUGCCCGCGCGUGUUCGCGGUGGAGCUGGUGCGCGCGGACGGCGGCGCGCUCGGGCUUACCAUCGCCGGCAGCGAGGACGCCACGCAGCCCAUCCUACUAAGCGGACUCGUGGAAGGCGGCCUGGCGGAGCAGGCGGGCAAGCUGCGCGUGGGCGACGAGCUGCUGAGCAUCAACGGCGAGAGCGUCGCCGACAAGCCGCUCUCCGAGGCCAUCCGCCUGCUGCAGCACAGCGGCCCGCGCGUCCAGCUGCAGCUCUGCCGCAAGCGACCCGGGAGCGGGGCGGGCAGCGCGCGGGAGUCCAGCCACUCCGCCUCCAGCCCGGGCCUGUCCAACGACAGCGCGGUCGGCUCCUGGGACCAGACGCCCGUGCGCACUGCCGCCCCAGUGGAUACGGACGUGAUCGAGUACGCGGUGCCGGACAAGGUGCGGCGCGAGUUGCCGCUGCCGGAUUACUCGCUGGACAGCUCGCUGCGCUGCCAGUACGUGCUGCCAGACGCCCGGCGCCGUGCCACCCGCGACGGCGACCGCCGACACAUCGAGCUGCUCACCGCCGGCAUGCGCGACUGCCGCCUGCACGACUACCUGCCCAUGGGCCCGCGACCCCCCAGCCCUCCCAGCCCCCUCUACGAGAACGACAUCGCCGGUUACGGGGAGUCGCUGCGCGUGGUCCUGUACAAGGACGCGAUCUACGACGACUACGGGUUCUCGGUGUCGGACGGCCUGUACGAGCGCGGCGUGUACAUCAACCGCAUCCGUGCCGGCGGGCCCGCGGACAUCGUCGGCCUGCUGCGCCCCUACGACCGCAUCCUGCAGGUGAACGGCACUCGCACGGUGGAGUUCGACUGCUGCCUGACGGUGCCGCUCAUCGCCGCCGCCGGCGACCGCCUCGAGAUCGUCGUGCAGCGCGCCGCCGCCUCACGGGAGCCGAAACCCAUCAGACUGGACGACGCCUCCAGCCAGAGUGACAGUAGUGUCGUGACUAAAACUAUAUAGUGCUCGACUCGCCUCUAAGAGUGCCCCGAACUCGUCCCGGACGUUUCUAGAUAGUUAAUAGUUAUUACAAUACGAGUACGCAUUACGCGAUCGCCGCGACCGCAGUGCGAGAGCUCCGAUCUCCGGGGGAGUCGUCGAGUGUGUUCGUUUGUUACGGAUUUGAACGAGUGAUGAGUGAUU